GACCCGCCUGGCCCCACUCGGCCCCAGCCACCAAGUUUCUGCACUGCAGCAGAACCAGGCCGAGGUUCCCCGCUGCGGGCUGUAGGAGGAGGGGCGCGCGCGGACGCGGGAGCCCGCCCAGAGCCUGUGGACGCUGGCGGGAGCCGGGCGCUCCUGGACCGGCUCGCUGAGGAGGAACGCGGCCUGGGGGUCUGGGCCGCCGCGGGCCGUCGCCUCCGCUGCCGCCGCCGAGCAGUGUUGGAAGAUUUGAUAAACCUUGAAGGUGGAUGAAGAAACAAAACACGAGAGUCACCUGGAAACCAGCACCUGGGAACGUCGUCAGCUACCGUGUUGUGUAUCACCCCCGUGGGGGCAGGAGACAUCUGGUGGCCAAAGUGCCACCCACAGUCACCUCCACUGGGUUAAAGCGGCUUCAGCCCCAGACCACACACAUCACAGUUCUCCCAGAUUACAAGACAGGAGAGGGGAAGCUUAGGGGCACUUAAAUGCUUAUGGAGACGAGACGAGCUUGUUGCAGGCUGUGGCGAAUUUACCUCACAAAGGAGGCAGGACCCUCACAGACAUGGCUUUGAACUGCAUUCGCCAACAGAGCUUCAAGACCCAAGCUGGCAUGAGGCCUCGAGCUUGAAAAAUUGGUGUUCUCAUCACUGAUGAUGUUGAGGCCCCGUCAGAGCAACUCAAGGAUGAAGGCGUGGAGCUGUUUGCUGUUGGUAUUAAAAAUGCUGACAAAGCUAAGUUAAAAGAUGACUGCAGCAGAUUCCGAUGAUCCCCACGCAUGCAAGCUGGCAGAUUUUGCGUCCCUCUCCAGGAUCCUGGAUGACCUCACCCUCAACUUGUGUAACAGCAUCAGGAGUCCAGUGUGCCGGUCCAACAAAAGCCCCUGGGUCUGUCUGACUUGUUCAAGUGUCCACUGUGGAAGGUAUGUGAAUGGUCAUGCAAAAAAACAUUAUGAAGACGCACAAAUACCCUUAACCAACCAUAAGAAGUCAGAAAAGCAGGAAAAAGCUCAGCACACGGUGUGUAUGGAUUGCAGUAGCUACAGUACGUACUGUUAUCGCUGUGAUGAUUUUGUGGUCAAUGACACCAAGCUGGGACUGGUACAGAAAGUCAGAGAACACUUACAGAACUUGGAAAACUCAGCUUUCGCAGCUGACAGGCAUAGGAAAAGAAAACUUUUGGAAAACUCAUCACUAAACAGCAAGUUAUUGAAAGUAAAUGGAAGCACCACUGCCAUCUGUGCCACAGGCCUGCGGAAUUUGGGGAACACGUGUUUCAUGAAUGCCAUCCUUCAGUCCCUCAGUAACAUUGAGCAGUUUUGCUGUUAUUUCAAAGAACUGCCCGCCGUGGAGUUAAGGAAUGGGAAGACAGCAGGAAGGCGGACGUACCACACCAGGAGCCAGGGGGACAACAACGUGUACUGUGCCAGCCCCAGCACACCUGCAGAUGCUGAGGUGGCACCAGAGAGUCUCAGAGGGGCAUGGGAUCACGGAGCUUCCGACGUGUCUCUCUCUGCAGAAUCACCUGGGCCCCUUCUGGAAGCUCAGAUAAGAUGGAGGACCCCGCAGUGGACCGAGGAAUCUGAGUGUUUUUGGGGAGACAGCCACCAGCUGAUGGGCCAGUUCAGCAGCACAGGUCAUUUUUGCUCCUACUGUUGGUGACCCAGUCGAUGAAUACGUGGCCUGUGAGUUGGUCAUCAUCCACCCAAAGAAAUACAGUUAAUGCAGCAGAAGCGCAGGGCAGCCAGAGACACUGGUGCGCUGACACCCACCGUCACCGCAGGGAGCCUGGGUGCCCAGGAUGGAAGGAGGACCCCCACCCCCCGACCAGGGAGAGCACAGGCUCGCAGAGGGAAGACUGCGGAGGAAAUAAAAAACUUCCCUGACUCCUGCAAAGGUUUCCUCUUCCUGAACUGGGACGGCUCUCUGGCAGCCGUGUUUCCUCCAACAUCUGUCUGAUCACACCCGUGUAUGUGGAUUCGUUUUUCAGCAUCUCCUUUUAAGAAUUUUUUUCCCUAAUGGAGGUACUGAGAAUUGAACCCAGGACCUUGUGCCUGCUAAGUGAGUGCUCUACCACUGUGCUACACCCACGCUUCAGUGUCCCCUUCUCAGCGAAACCUGAAAGCAGUGACCUUCCCCAGCCGGGGACAGCAGUGGUGAGCCUGGGACAGCACGCAUGGGCACGUGUUCCCUUCCUGCACGUGCUCUCAGCAGUUCCCCUAAGUGAAUCGCCCAACCGGCCUGAAAUUCCUCAGUACAGAGGACUGUUUGUGGCCCUCUGGAGCCUGUGGGUGUGUGUCUUUGUGCAUGCACACACACACGUACGCCCUCAUACACUCUCACACGUACGACACACACUCAUGCAUUCUUUCCUUCUGGGCUGUCAUGUGGGUGUGGAUCUGAAGAUGGCUUCAUCAGAGCAAUGAAGAAACCUAUGGCAAGUUUGGUCGGACCCCAGUUUCUCUUUCACAAAACUGGCUUUGCCCCUCUGAGGUGGGGCCGCAGCUUGGAAGCGCGUGGGGGUGCGCAGUGAUCGGGGAUGGACUGCCUUCACGUGGGGUCGCUGCCACUGAGAAAUGCAGGGCAGCUCCCAGAGGGGCAGAGCAGCCGCGGGCUCAUUUUGUUUGCAAGCAAGCCCGUGGGUCUCAGCCCGGUGGCAGUCCCCCCUCUGCUGGGGUUUCCCAGAGCCCCCACCCGGGGCUGGGCUGCUGGACUUUGUAGCUGCUCCUGCUGACGCCGCGGCCGCCCCCUUGUUUGUGAGCGUCCGUCUCAAAUGCCGCGCGCGUGAGUCACCCUCAUGGAUCUUACAUCACUCGGCUUCCUUUGAACUCCUGCUCGUUUAUCACCCGACUGCCUUCCUUAGACUGGCCAUUUGUCCACAUGUUGUCUGUUUAUCAAUGUUCCGGUCCUGAGGUUGUCACAAUCCUGCCGUGGGGUUUUGUUUCCAUCAGUGAAAACGCUGUCAUGAGGGAAACGCAGACGAGCAGGGGAGAGAAGCCCAAACUCCAGCGAGGACUGGUGGGGGACACGCCCAGGCGGCAGUUCCAGGCCGUCUCAUGCCCCUCUUUUGAUCCACUUGAGCCUGAGUGGUUUUAUCACGUAGAAACUACACACAGGGAGGGAGUGUGCCCGCAAGUGGGCAGGGCAGUUCGGGGACUGAGAAGACGCGUGGCAAGGAGAGCGAGCUGUGUGCUGGUGGUUCCCCUAAGCUUACUUGAGACGGCGUGUCCCCCCCCCCGUUUGCUCUCCCUUGGCACUCACUGAGCCCGAGGGGGGCUGUGAGCGACGAGCCCUGCCAGCGGGGCCCUGGGCUCCGCCGCUCCGCCCGGGGAGUGAUGUGGGCGAGAGCCCUGCAGGCUGGCAGGGCUGGGCCGCAGCAGGUCGAGCUCCAGCACCAUCACCCGUGGUCUCGCUGUGGGGUUGGACUCCGAGCUGUCACAGAGCGUCCUGGAGCCCUCGGUAAAGGCUGCAUCCCCGGGGUGAGCAGGGGCCUGAGCACCAGCCUCCCAGAGGACGGAGUGUGUGCAGUGUUGAACGACUGCCCCCCAGUGUCCUUCUGCGGGAGGGGAGCUCAGAGGAAGCAGGAUGCUGCCGCCUCUGCCGUGGGGAGAGGGGCCCUGGAGGUGGGGAGACUGCAGAGGCGAGCCGGGGAGACGGAUGCGGGGAUGCUGUGCGGAGGGAGUUCCGUGGGAGCUGCAUCUUUCAACAGCCAAGUGCCCCAGCCACGCUUCAGGGCACGGCCAGCUGUCCAAGGUCCGUGCUCCUUUGUGGGACAAAUGGCUGUCCUGUGCCGGUGCCCUUCUGGCCCAUUGUGCUCUUUUGUGUCAAUUUUACAAAAGCCCCCUGCCUGGGGGACUCACUCCCUUGGUGCCACCAGCCGUGCCCCCAGCGCAGGUCAGGAUCCCUCUGCCCCGUGGCUGGGCAGAAACGGAACACCCAGCAUGGUGACCCUGCCGGUACCUUGUGCGCUCAUCCUCCACCCAGGUCGGCGAAGGAUGAGAGCCUCAAAAAGCUGGGGCGUGGGCUGAACUUGGGGUCCCAGCGCUUGGAGCUCCUGGCUGGCCUGCUGGUCUCCAUCCUCCUCCUCCCUCCUGGCCAGCUCAGACCAGCUCUACUCACUUUCCAUGCUCUUCCUCCAAAUCCCCUUUUCCUAAGCUCCAGGUUUACUUCAGCUGUCAGAGUUUUAAUUCGCAGGCUCGUUUCUUAAUCUGUGAUUGCUCUUUUGCGUGACAACUAUGCUUGAUUUAUGAGUAUAGUGUCUUCUGUAAACACACUAGUGACCGUUUUUUUGCGGUUUUGUUUUGUUUUCUGUCUUGUCUCCAUUUUUUUUCUGGUUUAAUCUUCCUCCCUCCUCCUCCUCCCUUCCCCACCUCUCCUCUCUCUUUUGGUUCUUUCAUAUUGGUAGCUUUCCUUAAAAGCUUGGGAAACCCCUAUUUGUGUUAAAGAGACAGUUAAGAGAAAGCUCACUGUUUUGGGGGCAGGUUGUGACCUGUGGGGGCCACCCUGUGGGGGGCAUCACAUGACAGGUGAAUUCCAUGUGUAUCUUUCGGGGGGGGGCCCUUCCUCUCCCUGAAGAUGAAUAUACCAAUAGUGAGCUGGGACCAACAGUGAGCCGGGAUGAGCCUGACUGCCCGUACUCCAGGAGCAGAGUGGUGGCAGCAGCUGGUGGCCCCGCAGCAGAGGGCAGAAUGGGGUGGGGAGGGGGGUCAACGUCUAACUGGGGAAUGGGGAAAGUGACCUGGUGGUUUGCAAACCCUUUAAUCCAAUGACUUUCUUUUGUACCUUCCCACAUCCCUGGGCCAUCCAAUUCCUGAAACUUUCUGGUGUUUUGGGGAACAUGUGCUCAGUUUUGUCAGAAUCCUCUGCAGUUUUAUGGCUGUGCCUUCAUCUGCCUUGGGAGUCAGUUACUGCUUCUCCCUUUGUUCUUUUUAUUUUUUAAAAUAACUAUAUUGAGGUAUAAUUGAUAUUUAACAAUGCACAUGUUUAAAGGGUGCAAUUUGACAAAAUUUGACACAGGAAUACACACGUAAAACCAUCACCACAAUCAAGAUAAUGAACAUACUAAUCACCCCUGGAAGUCUCCUCAUGAUCUCUUCCAGGCCAUCCCCCCUCUCCCCACCUCUUCAUCCCCUGGCAGUCAUGGAGCUGCUUUCUGUUGCUGUGCAUUAACUUACAUUUCCUAAAAUAGAUGGAAUUAUACACCAUGCCCUCUUUUCGUCUGGCCUCUUUCACUUGACGUAAUUGUUCUGAAAGUAACAUAUGUUGUAGCCUACAAUGAUUUCCUUUUUUACUGCCGCAUAAUAUUCUAUAUCAGAGUUUGUCCACUUACCUGUUGAUGGACAUUCAGAUUGCCUCCAGUUCUGGGUUAUUACAAAUAAAGCCACUAUGCUUAUUUGUAUACAAGUCUUUCUAUGAACACACGUUUCCUUUUGUCUUGGGUGAAUGCCAAGGAGUGGAAUGGCUGGGUUAUAUGGUUUAUAUGUUUAUACAGGUUCUAUGUUUAAUUUUUAAGAAACUAUCUAAGUGAUGUUAAAAGAAAUUGUGUCAUUGUACAUUUGCACCAGCAAUGUAAGAACGUUCCAGUUGUUCCACAUCCUUAGCAACACUUGAUAGGGUGUUUCAAAUUUUAUCGUCUCUACUAGUGGCGUCUCAUUGUGGUUCUGAUUUUCAUUUUCUUACUGACUGCUGAUGUUGAGCUUUCCAUGUGCUCAUUUACCAUCCAUAUAUCUUCUUUAGUGAAGUAUCUGUUCACAUCUUUUGCCCAUUUUUCAUGGUGGUUUGUUUUCUUACUAGCAGUUUUGGGAGCUCUUUAUAUAUUAUGUAUACUAGUCUGCUUUACUUCUAAAAUAAAGGACUGCUUCAAAUAUAGAGGAAAUUACAGAUAAUAAUAUAAAAAUCCUAUAAGCUUGUCACCCAUAUUGAAUUGAUGAUAACAUGUUUUUAUAUUUGCUUUGAGUUUUUUUUUUCAAUAAAAUGUUAUAGAUAAGAGACAUUGGACGCCCUCUUCUUACCCCUCCCUAAUUCUCUAUUCUUCCUCCUAAGAAGUAAGCAUUAAUCUGAACUUGGUGUAUAUCUAUGGCUUUGUCCUUUUACUACACACAUACACACACACACUCUCACACACACACACACGCACA